AUGAAUGAUUUUAAAGUAAUAAAGCAAGGAUUUCCUUCUUUGGUUAAUAGCAUUGAUCAGUACUCAUAUUUGGAGUUUGCCUUUCCACCUUUUCUUCCUGCUGAAGCUAUGAACUGUACAACUACACUAUUCAAAUGUCAAAUGUUGUCUGAUGGUUAUGCAAGAUUCCAGAAAAUAAAAUUAUCUAUAAUCCCAGGAUACCUUUCUCAACCAGCUACGAUUCCAGUAACUCUUUCAUAUCGAGGAUCAUCUACCUCUGUUGAUAUAAUAAAUCUAUUAGCUUUGGCAGAUAGUAGAACUUCGAAUGUCGUAAGUGAAGUAAUCUACCCACCUUCUGGAUCGAAUUUGUUCUCAGACUAUCAGCAGACUCAAUAUUCAGUGAUUAGCUUUUUAACAGUAUUGAAUUCAAAUUCAUUGUUUAAUUGGUAUUUUUAUUCGCCACCAUUCUUUGACUCAGCGGUACCUUUUUCAUUGGUGGAAUACAAUAAUACCCAUUCACUUUAUUUGGCUGUGCAAAGCCUCGAUAAUGCUAUUGGACCUGGUGAAGCCAAAUCCUAUAUUCUAGAUCAAACCUCAACAAUCAUCAACCAACUAUACACUAUCUCAAAAAGUAGUUCAUAUUAUUCAUUUGUCCCAACUGCUUCAUACGAGUAUGACACUACAUAUCAAUUUAAUUUGGUAACCGUGGAGUUAGAAUAUUCAGUUAUUGCCAAACCAUUUUUAAACACCACAAUAUCCCCCAGUCUUCCAAUUUCACACCCAACUCUAUUCCCUUGGAUAUUGAAUCCUACUACCUUAAGAUAUAACUACAGAUACAGUUACCCACUAAAUCAAUAUAUAUCUACCAUUCCAAAUUUUGAAUUUUAUCCUAGUGGUAAAAAUGCACAGGUACCUUCUCCAGUUCCUCCAAGUUUUUCACCACAGCAAAAUGCCUAUAGUUUAAUUAUUAAUGAUUGCACAAUUCAACAGAUAGUUUUUCCUCAAAUAAUGUUCAGGUUAAACUUUACCUCCACUUGCCAAAUUUUAUCGAUUUCUAUUUCACAAAAAUCUUAUCGUGCCAAUGAUAUUUUAUCAUACUAUGAUGCCACUAUUGGAUUAUCAAUCUUUGAUAUUCUAUAUACACCAUCAAGCUCUGAUUACAUGCUUAACAUUCAAGAUGCUUGUUAUCGAUCAUAUAACUAUGCCAGUGGAACUCUUUUUUCACCACUUCAAUCUAAAUUACUCCCAACUAUUCCUUCAGACUAUAUCUUAUCAAUCAAUUAUACCGAUUUUACUUCAUUCAAUUUCAGUAAAAUUCUCUUUGAUACAACAAAUGAUAAUGACUAUACAACUUUGAUGUUUGGUCUAUCGAAACCAUAUCGAGAGUUAGUAACUUAUGUUACAACAUACUAUAGUGAUGUGAAACAGAAAGGUGUUUUCGAUUGGGAUACAGGUUUAUAUGUUAUCAAUAUUACCAUUCCAAAAGGAAGUGUACCAGGUACAUUUUAUUAUAGUCUUUUUAUUGAUAGUUUUGUUUUCACAUCAUAUAUGAUGGAAUCUUAUUUUGGAACACCAGUAGCAUUAAAGGUUUUUAAUACAGAAUCUUUUUACUAUGUACCAAAGAUUGAGGCAAUAUCAGCUUUUCCUGCUAUUAAUGUUCCAGCUACAGGUCCUUCAACAAAUAUUGGGUGGAUAUUCACUAUAUCUGGUGUUGGAUUUUCAUAUGGAGAAGUAAAUAUUAUCUCUGAUAUCGACUUUUUCCCAUAUAAAAUUAAUUUUGGUAGUUCUAGUAUGGUUGGAAAUGGAAUGUAUAGAGUAAACUAUCCAGUUUCUGGAACUUGUAAAUCACAGACUUAUAGUAUUUACAAUGUGUCUCUAUAUUCUAUCACCGAUUUGAAAAAUACAUUUACCAAAGAAUAUGAUCCAUUAACCACUGUUUAUGGAACAUAUCAAAACCAAUUAAGAAUUAGAGUUACAUGUGAUCCAUGUAUAAUUACAUUCUAA